AUGAAACAGUGUAAAAUCGACGUGAUUGAUGAAGUCAGUUUACUACAAAUAUGUGAAUCUAAUUUUACGGAGGAAGAAAUUGAUCGUGCAAAGGCGCUUCUAUUAGAUUCUUCAAUAACUCGACGAGUGACACGUAAAGGGGAGGGGAAAAACAAAAGGCUUCUUCAGGAUAUCAUAAAAAUUCUUAAAGAAACGGAGCCUUCUAGCCUUCCAGUGUUUGUGGCGAAGAACCUCAAUAGGCUCCCACCCGUAACAUUUGAUCACGUUGAUGUAACCAGUCUUUUAAAGGACAUAGUUCUGUUAAAACAAGAAUUAUUGAACAUUAAAAACGUAUUGGCUACGCAAUCAGAUUUGGAGAACCUACGUAAAGAUUUAGAACAACAACAUACUCGUGAUAAUAAAUUAGAAAAAGAAGGUAGUAAAGAUAAAAAUAGUAGCUGUGUUUCUAUUGAAACUCAAAUAAGAAACGACCGAUCACCAGUGUUACUACGCACUUUUGGAGGGGAGAGAGGGAGGAGCGCUGAGAGUGCAUCGCAAUCGCAUCCGCGCUCGACCUCGGCUUUUGUAGCAAAGAGAAGUGUGUCGAGAGAGGACGUACGUAUGCGUAUUGAACGUCCGUCUGCAACUACAAGUACGAGUACGGUAACAGUGUUAGGCGAGACUGACGAUACGAUAACUAACGACAUAAAUACGUCUGCACCAUUACGUAGCCAAAAAGAGGUUAAUCUGACAAUAAAUAAGGACGAAGGGUUUGUGCCCGUGUCUUAUAAAAAGAAAAAUAGGAAUAGGCAGGGUAGGGCGGCCGUGCAACCACUAGGAGAUUCGCUUAUCCGAGCUGCUCCGAGAUCUCUUUACUUAUAUGUAUCACGUUUAGACGUUUCAACGACUGCUGAUAAGCUUGAGGAGUAUAUUAAGUGUAAAGGUGAACAAGCGAUAAGUGUUGAACGUAUUGAACCUUUUAAAGUGACUAACUUUGCUUCUUUUAAGGAUAAAAGAAAGAGACCUUCAGGUGCGAAGUUUUGCGAGCAAAAGAAACUGAGACUACAAGAAAGUGAAAAGGGAAAAAAUAGUUGGAUCUUUAAAGCACUUCUUGCAAAAUGA